GAGGGGAGGGAGGGGGGAAAGUGAAGACCUAAAGAUGAAGCGCAUCAGAUCACAAACCGCCAUCCACUCCUGGCCCCCACCACCCUCCUAUGCUUAUUUUGGCAGCCCUAUCGCCAAGUUAAAGCUUGCGGGACAUGGUUGCAUGCCGGGGAGGUAAACCGUCCGACCUGGACGAGCGUUGGGACCCGGCACCCGGACCCUCAGACCCUCCCAGGCCCAGGGGGAGGGGGGUCGGGUCGUCGGUAUAAGUAUAUUGAACAGAUCCCCUCGCCAUGGGACCCAGCACUGUUGUUCCUGGGAAGCCUUGACCAGUCCUCAUCUCUACUUCUCGCUCUCGUCCUUGUCUUAGUCCUUCUUUUUUGUCCCCCCCGGGGCUGGUUUCCCGCUUUUCUCUUCGUCUGCUACCGCAACCAUGCAGCUGACUAGCCUCAUCCCGCUCGCCUUCGCUGCACUGGCGGCGGCGGCCCAACCUCUCGACGCCGUCCUCAAGGCGAACAGUGACAGUCUAAGCACAUUCUCCGCCCUCCUGGCGACGGUCCCGGCCGUCGGCCAGACCAUCACCAAAGCUGUCGACACCACCAUCCUCGCACCCUCCAACGACGCCUUCGCCAAGGCGAUGCAGGCCGACCCGACCUUCGCCCAGAGGGCCGCCACCAACGUCACCUUCCUCACCGACCUGCUCCUCUACCACGUCGUCACGGGCAAGACCAUGGCCGCCAUGUUCCCCGAGAACUCCAAGUUCGCCCACACGCUGCUCGAGACGCCCGCCGCCAACGUCACGGGCAACCAAAAGGUCGAGCUCCUCCGCAAGGGCGAGCAGGCCCGCGUCUUCAGCGGCUACAAGCAGCUGAGCGUCGUCACCAAGCCCGACAUCACCUACGCCGGCGGCGUCCUCCACGUCCUCGACACGGUCCUGACCUUCCCCGGCACCCCGGCCGAGACGGCCAUGGACACGGGCCUGACGAGCAUGGCGGGCGCCCUGAAGCGCGCGGGCCUCGCCGACGGCGUCGACUCGCUGCAGGCCGCCACCGUGCUCGCGCCGACCAACGCCGCCUUCCAGGCCAUCGGCGCCACGGUCGCCUCCAUGGAGCCCGCCGACCUCGCCCGGAUCCUCGAGUACCACGUCCUCAUGAACCAGGUCCGCUUCAGCCCGGGCAUCACACUCAAGAUGGGCUACAAGACCCUCAUGGGCGAGAAGGUCACGCUCCGGAAGCUCGACGGCCUCCUGUACGCUAACUCGGCCCGGAUCACCAUCGCCGACAUCAUCACCACCGACGGCGUCAUGCACGUCGUCGACAGUGUCCUCAACCCAGCUUCGCCUCGGUUGAACCCCGGCGCCGGAACGCCCGCCUUUGAGGGCGCUGUGCAGGCCGCAAACGCCCCUUUCACCGACGGCGUCAAGCCGACGGCCGUCUUCGUCCCGGCUGACUCGAGCGCGAGAGUCCUCAGCGUAUCUGUCCGUCCCGCCAUGCUCGGGAUCCUUGUUUGUUUAGCGGUCGCGUAUCUGUAAGCUGGGCAGCGCGGGCGUUUGUCACAUAUCCUUCUCACUUCUUUUUUGUGUUCUUUUUUCCU